AUGACUUCUAACCACGAUGAGUCGACCGUUCAGGUCAACAAAGAUGAGCUCCGAAGAGCUGGUGACUUGAUCGUCAUGCGCCUGAUGGAGGUGCAGUCCUACAUCGCCGACCUCGGCAAGGCCUACAUCCAGCAUGUUAACAACAUCACUGAAGGCCGCGAUGCCACUAUUGAGCUUCCAGUUGGCCCCUCUGGCUUCAUGGGACAGGACUUCCCCCACCGCGCCGGCACCCCCGGUGCCAAGUCCGAAACCGGUGGUCCCAAGAAGCGCAAGCGCGCUCCCGUCGACCCCAAUGCGCCCAAGCGUGCCUUGACUCCCUACUUCCUUUACAUGCAACACAACCGCAGCAAGAUCGCUGCCGACUUGGGCGAGGACGCGCGCCCCAAGGAUGUUGCCGAUGAGGGCACUCGCCGCUGGCAGAACAUGGAGGACGCCCAGAAAGAAAUCUGGAAGAAGAUGUACGCCGCCAACUACGACCAGUACAAGCGCGACUUGGCCGCCUACAAGGCCGGCCCCAAGACCGACGAAGAACACGAUCCUGCUGCCAGCCAACUGCAGCAGGAUUUCGCCGGUGCUGAGCCUGAGGCAGAGCAUGAGGACUCCGCUGAUGAGGAAUCGACUGAUUCUUCGUCCGACGAGUCCGACUCUCCCUCGCCGGUGAAGGAGAAGACCCCACCUCGCACCAAUGCUAAGCGCCGUCGCAGUGAUGUCAAGACCAAGGAGGCUGAGACUCCUGCCAAGUCGCCCGUUAAGCGGGGCCGCAAGGCUGAGCCGGCGCCUGAGACUCACCAUCGCCCAUCUCGGAUUUUUGGCACAGCGUCGACUGGCACGUGGAGUGCGGCUCAACCAUGCCGAAGCGGUAUGCUCCAUGAGCUAAUCCGCGAUGGCCAAUACUCUGUCGCCGACUUGAUGUCCAUCGGCAAAACGAUGCUCGGCCGACGACAUGUCCUUCCCUCCGUACUAGCAACUCUCGUCGAGCUCCAGGUCGAGGGGACGUUCGUCUCCGGUACAUACUUGGUGACUGUGCACCACCCGAUCAGUAGCGAUGAGGGCGAUCUCGAGCGUGCGCUGUACGGCAGUUUUCUGCCUGUCCCUGCAGCAGAGGCUUUCCCAGAUCCAGACCCCGAGGACUUCGUGCCUGAGAAGAUGCCAGGCGCGGUUAUCCCCGUGAGACAUGCGCGUGUGGAAUUGAACCCUGGGAGGAGGCGCAUUAAGCUUAAGGUUAUGAGUAAAGGAGACAGGCCGAUUCAGGUCGGAUCGCAUUACCAUUUCAUCGAGACAAACCCGCAGCUACACUUCGACCGUGUGCGGUCGUAUGGUUUCCGACUAGAUAUCCCCGCAGGUACAUCGAUCAGAUUCGAGCCCGGCGAUACCAAGACUGUCACGCUCGUGGAGAUCGGCGGGAACCGUAUCAUCCGUGGUGGCAAUUGGCUAGCGAAUGGAGUGGUGGAUCUGAGUCGAGCAGCUGAAAUAGUGACCAAGCUGCAGACUGCCGGCUUUGCGCAUGUGCCGGAGCCGCAGGCAGACAGUGCGCUUGUUACUGGGUUUUCGAUGGAGCGCGAUGCUUACUCGCGCAUGUUUGGUCCCACGACUGGAGAUCGGGUACGGCUUGGAUUGACUGAUCUGUGGAUUGAGGUUGAGAAGGAUCUGACAAGCUACGGAGAUGAAUGCGCGUUUGGUGGUGGUAAAACGCUGCGCGAGGGAAUGGGCCAGGCAUCUGGUCGGUCUCAUACCGAGUGUGUCGAUACUGUUAUCACGAAUGCGUUGAUCAUCGACUGGACCGGUAUCUACAAGGCCGAUAUUGGUAUCAAGGACGGGAUCAUUGCUGGCAUUGGCAAGGCUGGAAAUCCGGAUGUCAUGGACGGUGUGCACCCCGAUCUGGUAGUAGGCGCCUCUACAGAUGUGAUUGCCGGAGAGAACAAGAUCAUUACCGCGGGUGGUAUCGACACGCACAUCCACUUGAUCUGCCCGCAGCAGGUAGAUGAAGCCCUCGCCUCGGGCAUCACCACAUUCCUCGGGGGCGGCACCGGCCCCAGCACCGGGUCAAACGCAACGACAUGCACACCGGGCCCGAACCAUCUGCGGCAGAUGAUGCAAGCAUGUGACAGCCUCCCGAUCAACAUCGGCAUCACGGGCAAAGGCAACGACUGCGGAAGAAAGAGCAUCGAAGAGCAGAUCCUCGCCGGUGCCGCCGGCCUCAAGCUCCACGAAGACUGGGGCUCCACCCCGGCCGCCAUCGACAACUGCCUCGAAGUCUGCGACGAGUACGAUGUGCAGUGCAUGAUCCACACCGACACGCUGAACGAAUCCGGCUUCGUGGAGCAAACCAUAGAAGCCUUCAAAGGCCGCACCAUCCACACCUACCACACCGAAGGCGCCGGCGGCGGCCACGCCCCAGACAUCAUCUCCGUCGUCGAGCACCCCAACGUCCUCCCCAGCAGCACCAACCCAACCCGCCCCUUCACCCUCAACACCCUCGACGAACACCUCGACAUGCUCAUGGUCUGCCACCACCUCUCCAAGAACAUCCCCGAAGACGUCGCCUUCGCCGAAAGCCGCAUCCGCGCCGAAACCAUCGCCGCCGAAGACGUCCUUCACGACCUCGGCGCAAUCAGCAUGAUGUCCUCCGACUCCCAAGCCAUGGGCCGCUGCGGCGAAGUCAUCCUCCGCACCUGGCACACAGCCCACAAGAACAAAAUCCAGCGCGGACCCCUCGAGUCAGACGCCAACACCUCCGCCGACAACUUCCGCGUCAAGCGGUACAUCAGCAAAUACACGAUCAAUCCCGCCCUCGCACAGGGCAUGUCGCACGCCAUCGGUUCCGUGGAGGUCGGCAAAGUCGCAGAUCUCGUUCUGUGGAGGGCAGCGUCAUUCGGCACGAAACCUUCAACGGUGCUGAAGAGCGGCAUGAUCGUUGUAGCAGAGAUGGGUGAUCCGAAUGCCUCGAUCCCGACUGUCGAACCGAUGAUUGUCAGGCCGAUGUUUGGCGCGCGCGUGCCGCAGACAUCUAUUAUGUUUGUUUCGCAGGCGUCUAUUGACGCCGGGAUUGUGCAGACGUAUGGUCUGAAGAAGCGGAUUGAGGCUGUGCGGAAUUGUCGUUCGGUGGGGAAGAAGGAUAUGAAGUUUAACGAUGCUAUGCCGAAGAUGAGGGUUGAUCCCGAGAGUUAUACCGUUGAGGCGGAUGGGAUGCUUUGUGAUGCCGAGCCGGUUUCGGAAUUGCCUUUGACGCAGGCGUAUUAUAUCUUCUAG